CCAUAGGAAACCCACACAGCCACAGAGGACGUGCAGACUCCGCACAGAAGGCACCCCAGCCGAGGAUCGAAUCGGAGAAGAACUUGCUGUGAGGCGGGCGCCGGGCGGCAACGCUGAAGUCUAAAAUUCAAACAUCUGUUAUUAUUUAAUUACUUCAAUAACCUGCCAAAAAUGUAGGUUUCUCGAUCUUUUACUCUUUACAGUUUAUAACGAAAAGACAAAAAACUGCAUUAUAGACCGUUGGGAGGGAUAAGCCCAACAUUCAUCGUGACAAUUUAAAAGCAUUAAGUCCCUCGUUCCACCAACGUAUUCUCUAAGACUACAAGUUCCAAAAGAGCUUCUGAGGGGAUUUAUUAACUAUACCGGAAAUUGUCAUGUGUUGUUACUUCAGAGGCAAAAUGGCUGCGUUCAGGUCAAUGAGGAUUUUGUUCUGUAGCAACGUACCACAAGUGAGAGAUACAUACUUUGGAUCGUAUGUUUUUUACCGAUGCGCUAAACGAGCACUUUGUACUAAGAUAACGAAUGCAGAUACCGCUUCACAGCCAGUGCAAAAACCUCAGUUUACAGAUGAAGAGAUUCAGAGGAUGCUGGUCAAAAUGACAGGACUAAAUUUGCAGAAGAUUUUCAGGCCUGUGAAACAAGAACAUAAGCCACCAACCUACAAACUGAUGACUGAUAGCCAACUUGAAAAGGCCACACAGAAUGCCAUUCAAGUUGCACAAGAAAGACUACAAUUUCCUCCGGUGCUGGUAGAGCGAAAGCCAAUCACUGAUAUAUUGGCUGAAGACAGGUUUCUAGAAGGGACUGAAACAGCUAAACUUGUGAUCACAGACAUAAAUUAUGGUAUUGCACAUAGAGAAAGGUUCAUUGUAGUCAGAGAACCUAAUGGCGUACUGCGCAAAGCUACGUGGGAAGAACGAGACAGAAUGAUACAAGUUUAUUUUCCACGAGAAGGUCGCCGACUUACUCCAGUGCCACUCUUCAAGGAUGAGAACCUUGGAAUACAUUUUAAUCAGGACAGACAUGAAUAUCUUCUUGAGCUCUGCCUCCUUCAGUUUGAACCAGAUUCUCCAGAUUACAUUAGAGUACAUCAUCAGACCUACAAGGAUAUUGAUAAGCGUGGAAAGUAUGAGCUUCUGCGGUCUACAAGACAUUUUGGAGGAAUGACCUGGUAUUUGGUGAACAACAAACUGAUAGAUGGUUUAUUGAUAGAUAUGCUCCAGAGAUACCUGAUGGAGGAUGCUGUUAAUUUAGUUAAGCUCUAUAACAUGGUGCAUCCAGAGUCUGAAUCUGCAAAGCAGGCCAGAGAGUGCAGUGCAGAGGCAUUUGACCUUAUUAAGGUGUAUGUGAAUACAGAUGCUCAGAAAGCUGGAUAUAUAGAACUGGCACUUCAGAGUCAUCAGGAGGUAUUGCAUAGCUCUGCAUCUGCGACAUGAACUAAGUGGAAUGAUCUCUAUACGUGUACAUACAUCUAACAGUUCAUGUGAAAACAGCGUAUUUAAGAAAUAAAGCACUUUUUCAUGCCAA